AUGCGACAUUUUGUGUCUGGAGUUGGUGGAACAGGGAAAUCAUAUUUAAUAAAAACUGUGAAAGCUUUCAUAGAAACUAAAAUUAAAAAAGAUGUUGCUGUAACUGCACCUACUGGCAUUUCUGCAUUCAAUAUUCAAGGUAUGACUGUUCAUAGGUUAUUACAAUUACCAGUAGAGCAUGGAAAUACUCCACCAUAUCGACCAUUAUCAAAUAAUGUUCUAAAAAUAAUUAGGCAAGCCAUGGAAAAUGUGAUAUUAAUUAUAAUAGAUGAGAUUAGCAUGAUUUCAAAUAUAACACUAACUUAUAUUAGUUUAAGAUUAUGUGAAAUAUUUGAUACCGGAGAUAUAAAUGAUGGGUGGUUUGGACGCAUGCAUUUAUUAAUGUUUGGAGACUUACUACAACUUCCACCAGUGAAUAAAGAAUCUCCUUUCAUUUCUUUGAAAAAAAAUCAAAUUGAUAAGUACACGCAUUCACUUGAGUUGUAUAAUUUGAUAUCAAGUUUGCCUGAAUCAACAUUAGUACUUUUACCAACUAGAAAUCAUUGUAAAGAAUUUAAUAAAGGCUUUUUAAAUUUACUACCUACAGAAAUUAUAAAUCUUGAAGCACAAGAUUCUGUAAAUGCUAAACCAGCAUCAAAAUGUAAAGCUAUAAAAAAACUUGCAUUAUUAAAUUCAGAUAGUUCACGUACUGCAGGAUUAGAAAAAAAUAUUUAA